AUGUUGGUGUGUUUGCAGCAAGAGCUGUUAAGGGAGCAGCAGACAUACCUGGCACACCUGGCUCAACAGCUGGAGGAGGAGAGACAGCGAGAACAAGAAGCAGAGAGAGCCCACAAGGAAGAGAUUGAGAAGGUUUGGGCUAAGAAGGCAGAGAAAAUGAGAGCAGAAAAGGAGGCUAGAAAGCAGCUACUGAAGGAUGUCAUGGACACAUGGCAAUGGCAGAUAGAGCAGAAAGUGCAGAGAAAUGUGAAGGAGCAGGAAGAACUUGCUGAGGAGAAGAAGUUAUUAGAUGAAGCAAUCUCGGAACUCAACCACAUAGAAGAGAAGAAAUAUUAUACUAGGGUUUGGAUUCCUGACCCUGAUGAAGUUUGGAGAUCUGCAGAAAUUAUCAAGGACUACAAAGAGGGAGAUAAAAGCCUCCAUCUGAAGCUGGAAGAUGAAACUCUCUAUGAAUAUCCUAUUGACCCCCAAGGGAAUGAGCUGCCUUUCCUGCGCAACCCAGAUAUCCUCGUGGGAGAGAAUGACCUGACAGCCCUGAGCUACCUGCACGAGCCCGCGGUACUCCACAACCUCAAAGUCAGGUUCCUCGAGUCCAACCACAUCUACACAUACUGUGGUAUUGUGCUUGUUGCCAUUAAUCCAUAUGAGCAGCUGCCAAUCUAUGAGCAAGAUGUCAUCUAUGCCUACAGUGGCCAGAACAUGGGGGACAUGGAUCCUCACAUCUUUGCAGUGGCAGAGGAGGCCUACAAGCAGAUGGCCAGGGAUGAGAAGAACCAGUCCAUCAUUGUGAGCGGGGAGUCGGGCGCUGGGAAGACGGUCUCUGCCAAGUACGCCAUGCGCUUCUUCGCAACCGUCGGCGGCUCUGCCAGCGAGACCAACAUCGAAGCCAAAGUCCUGGCAUCCAGCCCAAUUAUGGAGGCAAUUGGCAACGCGAAAACCACGAGGAACGACAACAGCAGCCGCUUCGGGAAGUACAUUCAGAUUGGCUUUGACAAGAGAUACCACAUCAUUGGUGCUAACAUGAGGACUUACCUGUUGGAAAAAUCACGAGUUGUGUUCCAGGCAGAAGAUGAGCGUAACUAUCACAUCUUCUAUCAGCUUUGUGCCUCAGCAAGCCUUCCAGAAUUCAAAGACCUUGGACUAACAUGUGCUGAAGACUUUUUCUACGCUUCUCAGGGAGGUGACACGUCUAUUGACGGUGUGGAUGACGCUGAUGACUUUGAGAAAACCAGGCAUGCCUUCACCUUGCUUGGAGUGAAGGAGUCUCAUCAGGUGACCAUUUUUAGGAUAAUUGCUGCCAUUCUGCACCUGGGGAACCUGGAAAUCCAAGCGGAGCGGGACGGUGACGCCUGUAGCGUCUCGAGUGAGGACGAGCACCUGAGCAACUUCUGUGACCUGCUGGGGGUGGAGCACAGCCAGAUGCAGCACUGGCUUUGCCACCGCAAACUGGUCACCACGGCUGAGACCUAUGUGAAGAACAUGUCCUUGCAGCAAGUGGUGACCUUGGCCAAGCACAUCUAUGCCCAGCUCUUCAACUGGAUCGUGCAGCACAUCAACAAGGCCCUGCACACCACGGUCAAGCAACACUCCUUCAUCGGUGUGCUCGAUAUCUACGGGUUUGAAACUUUUGAAGUGAAUAGCUUUGAGCAGUUCUGUAUCAACUAUGCCAACGAAAAGCUCCAGCAGCAGUUCAACUCGCACGUGUUCAAGCUGGAGCAAGAAGAGUACAUGAAGGAGGGAAUCCCUUGGACUCUCAUUGACUUCUACAAUAACCAGCCCUGCAUAGACCUUAUAGAGGCAAAACUUGGUGUCUUGGACCUUCUGGAUGAAGAGUGUAAGGUUCCCAAAGGCACCGACCAGAACUGGGCUCAGAAACUGUACGACCGGCACGGCAGCAGCCAGCACUUCCAGAAGCCUCGCAUGUCCAACACCUCCUUCAUCAUCCUGCACUUUGCUGACAAGGUGGAGUACCAGAGUGAGGGAUUUCUGGAGAAGAACAGGGACACUGUGUAUGAGGAGCAGAUCAACAUCCUGAAGGCCAGCAAGUAUCAAAUGGUAGCAGACUUGUUCCAAGAUGAGAAGGAUGCUCCACCCACCACUUCCAUGGGCAAGGGAACAUCCAAAAUCAGUGUCCGUUCUGCCAGACCAGUAAUCAAAGCUGCCAAUAAGGAGCACAGGAAAACAGUGGGACACCAGUUCCGCAAUUCCCUGCAUUUGCUCAUGGAGACUCUGAACGCCACCACGCCCCACUACGUGCGCUGCAUCAAGCCCAACGACGAGAAGCUGCCCUUCAAGUUUGAUCCCAGGAGAGCAGUGCAGCAGCUGAGAGCUUGUGGAGUGUUGGAGACAAUCCGCAUCAGUGCUGCUGGCUUCCCUUCCAGAUGGUCCUACCAUGACUUCUUCAACAGGUAUCGUGUGCUUAUGAAAAAGAGAGACCUCUCGAAGAACGACAAGAAGCAGAUUUGUCAGACCCUCUUGGAAGACCUCAUUAAGGAUCCAGACAAGUUCCAGUUUGGACGUACCAAGAUCUUUUUCCGUGCAGGCCAGGUGGCAUAUCUGGAGAAGCUACGAGCAGAUAAGUUCAGAGCUGCCACAAUCAUGAUUCAGAAGACAGUGAGGGGCUGGCUGCAAAGGAUCAAGUACCAAAGGCUGAGACAAGCUGCCAUCCUCAUCCAGAGACACACACGUGGACACCUGGCACGGAGGCUUGCUGAGCACCUGAGGAGGACAAGAGCUGCCAUCACCUUCCAGAAGCAGUACCGAAUGCUGCGGAUCCUCCGAGCUUUCCAGAGGGUCCGCAAGGCCACCCUCACCAUUCAGGCUUUUGCUCGGGGCAUGUUUGUCAGGAGGGCUUAUCGCAAGAUUCUGGCAGAGCACAAAGCCAUCAUCCUGCAGAAGUACGCCAGGGGCUGGUUGGCCUGCACACACUUCCGCAGGCUCAAGGGGGCCACCCUUGUCCUCCAGUGCUGCUACCGCCGCAUGAAGGCCAGGCAGGAGCUGAAGGCGCUGAAGAUUGAGGCCCGUUCAGCCCAGCACCUGAAGAAGCUCAACAUUGGCAUGGAGAACAAGGUGGUCCAACUUCAAAGGAAGAUCAAUGAGCAGAACAAGGAAUAUAGACUUCUGAACGAGCAGCUCUCUACACUCACAUCUGCCCACUCCUCUGAGGUGGAAAAGUUGAAGAAGGAACUGCUGCAUUAUCAGCAGAGUCACCAGGGUGAUGGCAACCAGCUGGUCAGCUUGCAAGAAGAGAUGGAGCAUCUUCGGCUGGAGCUUGAAAGAGCUCAUGGGGAGAGGAAGGUUGUGGAAGACAGCUACACCAAAGAGAAAGAUCUGCUGAGAAGGAGGAUAUCCGACUUGGAAGAAGAAAAUGCUCUCCUGAAGCAGGAAAAAGAGGAGCUGAACAGCAGGAUCCUGUGUCAAGCUGAAGACGAAUUUGCACAAAACACAGCUGAGGAAAACAUCCAGAUGAAGAAAGAGCUGGAAGAAGAAAGGUCUCGUUACCAGAACCUGGUAAAAGAAUAUUCAAGGCUGGAGCAGAGAUAUGACAACUUGAGGGAUGAAAUGACUGUUAUAAAGCAAGCACCAGGACACAGGAGGAACCCAUCCAACCAGAGCAGCUUGGAGUCUGAUUCCAAUUAUCCAUCCAUCUCAACCUCUGAACUAGGAGACACAGAGGAUGUGAUACAGCAAGUGGAGGACGUUGGGAUGGAGAAAGCAGCCAUGGACAUGACUCUCUUCCUAAAGCUCCAGAAGAGAGUGAGGGAGCUGGAGCAGGAAAGGAAGAAGCUGCAAACCCAGCUGGAGAAAAAAGAGCAAGAGAGCAAGAAAUCCCAGGUGAUGGAAACAAAGACUGAAGGGACUUCAGAGCACGAAGAUUUUGCAUACAACAGCCUGAAGAGGCAAGAGCUGGAGUCAGAGAACAAGAAGCUGAAAAAUGAACUCAAUGAGCUGAGGAAGGCUGUGGCAGAACAAGCAACCCAGAAAAACUCCUCCAAUGACAUUCAGGACAGCUACAACCUCCUACUGAAUCAGCUGAAAUCGGCCAGCGAGGAGCUGGAAGUGAGGAAGGAAGAGGUGCUCAUCCUGAGGACACAGAUUAUGAAGGCAGCCCAGCAAAAAGAGAUGGGGAAAAACAUGGAGAGCAUCACCAUCAGUGCCAGCUGGCCCAACAGUGACAAGCACAUUGACCAGGAGGACGCGAUCGAAGCCUACCAGGGGAUGUGCGAGACCAACCGCAAGACUGAGGACUGGGGGUAUCUCAAUGAAGAUGGAGAGCUCGGCUUGGCUUACCAAGGUUUAAAGCAAGUUGCCAGGUUGCUGGAAGCCCAGCUGCAGGAUCAGAGGAGAGAGCAUGAGGAGGAGAUAGAAGCUCUGAAAACCCAAGUGGAUGCCCUGCAAGAAGAGAUGGAGAAGCAGCACCAGGCUUUCCUGCAGACCCUGCAGCUGUCUCCUGAGGCCCAGGUGGAGUUUGGACUUCAGCAAGAAAUCACACGGCUCACCAAUGAAAAUCUGGAUCUUAAAGAAUUGCUGGAAAGGUUGGAAAAGAAUGAAAGGAAGCUGAAGAAGCAGCUGAAGAUUUACAUGAAGAGGGUCCAAGAUUUUGAAGCAUCCCAAGCCACGGUGCCGGCGGAGAGAAGGCGGCACGAGCAGAACAUGCAAGUUUCAGUCCAGAGGAAAGAGAAGGAUUUUCAGGGCAUGUUGGAAUAUUACAAAGAAGAUGAGCCACUCCUCAUCCGAAACCUCAUUACAGAUCUCAAGCCCCAGACAGUGUCGGCUACUGUUCCCUGCCUCCCUGCCUACAUCCUCUACAUGUGCAUCAGACACGCGGAUUACAUCAACGAUGACCAGAAAGUGCACUCUUUGCUCACCUCCACCAUCAAUGGCAUUAAGAAAGUGCUGAAGAAACACAACGAUGACUUCCAGGUGACGUCGUUCUGGCUGGCGAACACGUGUCGCCUCCUGCACUGCCUGAAGCAGUACAGCGGGGACUCGGGUUUCAUGACCCAAAACACGCCGAAGCAGAACGAGCACUGCCUGAAGAACUUCGACCUGACCGAGUACCGCCAGGUGCUGGGCCACCUCUCCAUCCAGAUCUACCAGCAGCUCAUCAAGAUAGCAGAGGCCAUUCUGCAACCCAUGGUCGUGUCUGCGGUGCUGGAAAAUGAGAGUAUCCAAGGACUUUCUGGUGUCAAACCAAUGGGCUACAGGAAUCGCUCCUCCAGCAUGGGAGAUGGUGACAAUUCUUACAGCUUAGAUGCCAUCAUUCGUCAGCUCAACACCUUCCACAGCAUCAUGAGUGACCAGGGGCUGGACCCGGAGAUUGUGCAGCAGGUCUUCAAGCAGCUCUUCUACAUGAUCAACGCCGUUGCCCUCAACAACCUCCUGCUGAGGAAGGACGUCUGCUCGUGGAGCACGGGCAUGCAGCUGAGGUUUAACAUAAGCCAGCUGGAGGAAUGGCUGUGUGGGAAGAAUCUGCAGCAGAGUGGAGCAGCACAGAUGUUGGAGCCCUUGAUUCAGGCAGCCCAGCUCCUGCAGCUGAAGAAGAAAACCUCAGAAGAUGCUGAGGCCAUCUGCUCCUUGUGCACGUCGCUCACCACACAGCAGAUUGUGAAGAUACUUAACCUCUACACUCCUGUGAAUGAGUUUGAAGAACGUGUGACGGUCGCUUUCAUACGAGACAUACAGAUGCACUUGCAAGAGCGAAACGACCCUCCACAGCUGCUCUUAGACUUCAAGCACACGUUCCCUGUCAUGUUUCCCUUCAACCCUUCUUCCAUAACCAUGGACUCCAUUCACCUCCCUGCUUCUCUCAACUUGGAAUUUCUCAAUAAAGUCUGA